UAUAGACGGGCAGACGAAGCUCCAAACCUGUGCUCCAAACUGCUACACAUGGAGGACGAUAAAAUAAUUUAAAAAUUUACAAAAAGUCAGUGAAAGUUUAAUUUGUGAUUUAGUGUAUAUUAGAUGAAAAUUAUUUUCUGAAAAUGUUUUCGUACAUCCCCAGAUCUUUGCUAUGCUGUUCAAACGCUAUAGGCCCGAAUCGGGCUCUCGCGUAUGCACUGACCAAAUGUCCAGUGUUCCUAGAACCAUCAUUGUCACAAUGCCGGAACUAUCACGAAGUAACCGGCGAUAUCGUCUGUCCGAAUAUGAUAAGAGGUAUUGACCAUUUGAGAGAUCCCCGCCUGAACAAGGGACUAGCAUUUACGCUAGAGGAGCGCCAAGCCCUCGGCAUUCAUGGUCUCUUGGCUGCAAAGUUCAAAACCCAGGAGGAACAGCUGGAUAUUUGCAGGAUAUCGAUAGACAGAUACGAGGACAAUCUCAACAAAUACCUCUACCUCGUUGAGUUACAGGACAGGAAUGAAAAACUGUUUUUCCGUCUUCUGUCGGAAAAUGUUGAGAAGUAUCUGCCCAUAGUGUACACUCCCACCGUAGGACUCGCUUGUCAGAGGUUCGGUCUCAUUUACAGAAGGCCUAGAGGUCUCUUCAUCACCAUCAAUGACAAGGGACAUGUGUUCAAUAUCCUUAAGAACUGGCCUGAACCAGACGUAAGAGCUAUAGUCUUUACUGACGGCGAAAGGAUCUUGGGUCUCGGUGACUUGGGCGCGUAUGGUAUGGGUAUUCCGGUGGGGAAGCUGUCUCUGUACACGGCCUUAGCUGGAAUCAAGCCCCAUCAAUGUUUGCCCAUCACUUUGGAUGUCGGUACUGAUAAUCAGGAUUUACUAGAAGAUCCUCUGUACAUCGGCCUGCGUCAAAGGAGGGUGAGAGGAAAGGAGUACGAUGAGUUUAUCGACGAAUUCAUGGAAGCGUGCGUUCAGAGAUACGGACAGAAUACUUUACUACAGUUCGAGGACUUUGCGCUUGGCAACGCUGGUCGUUUGCUCGCGAAGUACCGCAACAAGUACUGCACGUUCAAUGAUGACAUCCAAGGUACUGCGAGUGUGGCGGUCGCGGGUUUGAUGGCGGCUGUCAGAGUCACAAAGAGGAAACUCAGCGAAAAUAUAUACUUCUUUUUGGGUGCUGGAUCUGCUGCCAACGGCAUAGCAAACCUCACAGUAGCCGCCAUGGUAGCAGAGGGUCUACCGUUACAACAGGCCCGGGAUCGUGUAUACAUGUUCGACGUUGAUGGACUUCUAUCCACACAACGGGAGGGAGGUGUUCCCGAACAUGCUAAAGCGUUUGGCAAGAAUAUAGCACCAGAGAAGGACUUUGAGACGUGUAUCGCUAAGAUCAAGCCGAGCUGUCUUAUUGGCUGUUCAACGGUGGGUGGUGCGUUCACUCCCAACGUGUUGAAGCAAAUGGCCAAAAACAUCGAGCGGCCCGUCAUAUUCGCUCUCUCUAAUCCAACCAGUAAAGCGGAGUGCACAGCUCAAGACGCCUAUGAUUAUACUGAAGGUAAAUGCAUCUUCGCAUCAGGAUCUCCGUUCCCUCCGGUUCAGUAUGGCGGCAAGGAGUUCCACCCGGGGCAAGGGAACAAUUCAUAUAUUUUCCCCGGUAUAGCUCUAGGAGUUAUAACCACAGCAACACAUCAUAUACCCGAGACCAUGUUCCUUACUGCUGCUAGGACCCUAGCCAACUACGUCAGUGAAACCGAUUUGGCGAUUGGCCGCAUCUACCCUUCGUUGUCUGAAGUCAAAGAAGUGUCUCUCGCCAUUGCUAUUGAAGUCGCUAAGAUGGCUUAUGAUGAAGGUCUCGCAUCAGUAUACCCCGAGCCGAAGAAUUUAGCCAAGCACGUCGAGAAUCAAAUGUAUAACUACUACUAUGAAAGCUCUAUGCCCGUGGUCUGGGAUUGGAAGCCCGAAGAGAAAUUCAACGUAAGACCCAUACAACCGGUGCCCAAAAAUAUCUAGAUCUUAUUCAAAGUGUCUAGAUUGUUUCGCGUUUAAAGUUUAUAGAUCUUUUACUAAAUUGGUGGUAGCACAAGAGAGUUGUACCGCAACGUAUAAGUGUGUUUAGAGUUGAGUAUUUUCUGGGAGUAAAAACAAAUUAAUUGUAUUGAAUAUUUAAUUUAUUUAGUACACUGUAUUUGUCUAUUUUUAUUUUCAAAAAUAUCUAGAGUUAAUUUUUUUAUUCGUUGAAAAUGAAGCUUAAUUAUUGUCAUUAUAAAAUUGAAUUGUUAUAGAAUACUUUCUAAUGUAUUUUCAAGCCGUAGUCUGGCGGUCAGAUUGGCAAAAGACAAUAACUCCCAAUUUCUAGAAAGAAUAUUUACCGUAUUAUAUAUUAUCGACUUUAAAAUUAACUAUUUGAAAAUUUAAAUCUAUAAAGUAGAACAAUGUUAAUAGAUCGUUAAAUUUUAAAUUAAUAUGUAUUCAUCUAUAUAAUUUCUUUUCACUAUACUUGCGUGUACAACGAGUUUCCUAUGUGUGUUAAAUGUACCAAAUCUUCACAAAAUUACGAAAAUUAAUAUUAUUGACGUUGUGGUGUAUUAGGAUGCCUGCUGUAUGACUAGAUAAAUAAUUAUUGGUAAAUAAUUCAAUGUUCCGCACCUUCUAUGAGGUAUUAUUAAUUAUUAUUAUUAUAUGUCCAUUUUUAACAUUAUACACAAAGUAUUACCUCUAUAACGUACACUAUUUCAAACUAUAACCGUAUUAGAAUCUAUUUGACAGCUAAAUAAAUUCUCAAGUUAAAUUUUUAGAUGCCCAAUCAGAUACAGCUAAACAAUAUUGUAAAAUGAUGCAUUUAUUUAUAGUCUGUAAAAAUAUAGAGUCGCGCUAGCGUUAAAAGCCCAGUUUAAGAUUGUUCAAUGUACAUUAAAUAAGUAUUAUAAACGAUAGAUUUCUUACUGAAAAUUUAGUUCCGAAAGCUGUUUGAGCGGGCACUUAAGAAUUGACUGUAAAACGUAUUCACAAAUUAAUUAUUAAUUUAUUAUUACCUAUAUGUAGUGUUAGCUGUCACGUCGUAUAAUAUAUGAUAUAAUAUAAUAUAUGUGUGUUUGUAGUGUAGCUUCUUAUGACAAUGUUCAAAUUGAUGUUAGUAUUAAAUUGUGGCCUUGUUUAUGCUUCUUCUCGAAAAUUCCUAAUUUUCUUGCACUAUCUAUUUAUUAUUAAUCAUAUUUUUGUGUGAUUCCGCUGAAUUCUUGAUAUUUUCUAAUUGCAAACGAAGGUUGUAUCCCCCGAUGAAACUGUAUUUCCUUGCGGUUGUUGCUUUUACAUUUUUGUGUACGAUUUUUAAGUUUGUUAAACUUAACCGGUAUUUAUACGAGUAUUAUCAUUUGACUUUUAUUAUUUUUAUUUAUUUUAUUUUAAGUAUAAAUGUUUUUAAUAAAGAUAAGGUUUCGUAUUAUAUGUGUAUAAACAGCUCAUCAUAAUAUGUUUAAAUGAAUGUAUUUAAUGUCAAAGUCUAGUCACCGCAGCAUUAUUUUAAAUUAUAUGGUCUAUGUAUGAUAUUAUUCUAUUAAAUCUAAGAAAAUAUACCAGUUAUAAAGAGAUUAAAUCGAUUCUCAUGCAAAAUUGCCACUCAAAGAGUGAAAAAUUGUGAACCUACCUCAAUAAUUGAUGUGAGGCGACAAUCAUGACUAAAAUAUUUCUAUAUGUUUCGACUCGGAAUCAUUUUAGUAUUGUGUUCAGUAUUUAAAGAAAUAGUGAGACGAAUAUAUUCGCAGAGCGAAAGAGAUAGUGCUAUUAGGAACCGAAAUAACAUUCACAAUAUAUUUCAAGUUUAUGUUUUGGUAAAUUUCGUAUUAUUGAGAAGUUGUUUUAAAUUUCUUAACAAUAUGAAUUUUCAUAAUGAGCCAUUUUGAUACAGUUUCGCAUUAUCAAAAACAUGCUUCCCUUUCUGUCGCAUAAAAUAAAUUACCUGAGUAUAUUAUUUAAUAUUUGUUAUUUUAGUGUUUUACCUCCCGUUCUACGAGAUGUCUAUUUAGACAGUUAAAAAGGGACAGAGUAACGUAAAAAUACGUCAUAAUUUAAACAAGUUCAAGAAAACAACACUUAUUAAUUAACGCACCUAUUAGUCCUUUGUAAUGUUAUUCCGGUUCCUAAUAAACGUCUUAAUAAGUUAUUUAUAUUAGAGCUUGUAUCUAAAGAUACGUGGUGAUUAUGUUGCUGUGACGAUGUAGAAAUACGGUUUAACUAACUAGGGUUGUUACAGUCUUAAAUCAGUUUAACUUCUAGUGUGUGAAGGAGAUGACGCUAGACGACCUAUAUAGCUCUGUCUUUUUUCCACACUGGAUGUAAUACUGCUUUAAGACGUCAUGCUAACCCAAAGUGUUUUGUUUCAAUGUUUGACUAAUGUUUUGUGUCGCAAUUUAUCCUGUCUUCGUUUUGUUACCAGGGUUUUUACUUAAGUGCAGUUAGGUCAAUUAACAUUAGCUCCUCUCCAAUGUAACUUGUUUGGAAUGAAAGAAAGUUAUUGUAUGUUCGUAGUAAAUUGUUAAAACGAUUAUGAAUGGAUGUUACUAAUUAAAUAUGUUCGAAACGUA